AUCAUUAACCUUCUGGAAAUGCAGCUGGCGGUUCUCUGAGGUUUGUCAUCGGAGUGUGAGGAGAGCUACAGAGAUUGCACAGACUAUUUAAAGACCCUGUGAUUUACCUGGAGAGCCACUGCUCUACAUUACUGUGGCAGAAAAAUGAGAUUUCAACGAUUCUUUUUUGUAUUUUUCAUUUUGAUUAUGAGUCUUCUUAUCAAUGGACAGAGACCAGCUAAUCUAGUUAUGAGGAGGAAAUUUCACAGACACAGCUGCCUUCAGAGGAGAUGCAUGCCUCUCCAUUCUCGAGUGCCCCUCCCCUGAGGUAACUUUGCAGAGUCUGCUAGCAGAAGGAGAAGAGGAUUGAAGGAGAGGCACCAACCCACCAACCAAG